GAUGGGCUCUCCAUAAUGCUUCAGUUACGAAGGGCGAAGGGAAGCUGAAUUGUUUUUUUGCAAUGGAGAAGACAGAGGGAGAAACACCAGCACUGUGGCUCCCACCUUGUUGCUUAUCUCCCUGCCAACAUGUGCCCCAAAUCCUCUUUGUGCUGUAUUAAGGAAAGGAAAAGUUUUGACAUCUGCUUUCUUACAUCAUCUUUUCCAAUUUUGCACCCGAUAACCCCCUGGUGAAAAGAGGAACAAUGACUUCAUAUAGCUGCUGCUUGAUUCUUUUGCUGUUUACCUGGAGCACUGCUGCCUAUGGGCCAAACCAACGGGCACAGAAGAAGGGAGACAUUAUUCUUGGAGGAUUGUUCCCCAUUCAUUUUGGAGUGGCUGCUAAGGACCAAGAUCUAAAAUCAAGGCCAGAAUCAGUGGAGUGUAUAAGGUAUAAUUUCCGAGGCUUCCGCUGGCUCCAGGCUAUGAUCUUCGCCAUAGAAGAAAUAAACAGUAGCCCAACUCUCCUUCCCAACAUGACCCUGGGAUACAGGAUAUUUGACACUUGCAAUACAGUCUCGAAAGCCCUGGAGGCCACACUGAGUUUUGUGGCCCAGAACAAGAUAGACUCCUUGAACCUGGAUGAAUUCUGUAACUGCUCAGAACAUAUCCCUUCCACCAUUGCAGUCGUGGGAGCAACUGGCUCUGGCAUUUCCACUGCCGUGGCAAAUCUGCUGGGACUCUUUUACAUACCUCAGGUCAGCUAUGCCUCAUCCAGUCGACUCCUGAGCAACAAGAAUCAGUUCAAGUCCUUCCUGCGCACAAUCCCCAACGAUGAGCAUCAGGCUACAGCCAUGGCAGACAUCAUCGAGUACUUUCGCUGGAACUGGGUGGGAACAAUCGCAGCUGAUGAUGACUAUGGCCGGCCAGGGAUUGAAAAAUUUCGGGAAGAGGCGGAGGAGAGAGAUAUCUGCAUUGAUUUUAGCGAGCUCAUCUCCCAGUACUCAGACGAAGAGGAGAUCCAGCAGGUGGUAGAGGUCAUCCAGAACUCCACAGCAAGAGUGAUUGUUGUUUUUUCCAGUGGCCCAGAUCUGGAGCCUCUCAUCAAAGAGAUUGUCAGGAGAAACAUCACUGGCAAGAUCUGGCUGGCUAGCGAGGCCUGGGCCAGCUCUUCCCUAAUAGCCAUGCCGGAGUUCUUCCGUGUCAUCGGCAGCACCAUCGGGUUUGCACUGAAGGCGGGACAAAUCCCAGGAUUUCGUGAGUUCCUGCAGAAGGUGCAUCCCAAGUCCACCAACAAUGGCUUUGCCAAGGAGUUUUGGGAGGAGACAUUUAACUGCUAUCUCCCUGAUGGAUCCAAAAAUUCUCCUGCUUCAGCUUCCUUCCACAAGGGCCAUGAAGAGGGGCUGGGAGCUGGAAAUGGAACGUCUGCCUUCCGACCUCCGUGCACAGGGGAUGAGAACAUCACCAGCGUGGAGACACCAUACAUGGACUACACACACUUGCGGAUAUCCUAUAACGUGUACUUGGCAGUGUAUUCCAUCGCCCAUGCCUUGCAGGAUAUUUAUACCUGUACCCCUGGGAAGGGACUCUUCACCAAUGGGUCCUGUGCAGACAUAAAGAAGGUGGAGGCAUGGCAGGUUCUCAAGCAUCUGCGACACUUAAAUUUCACCAAUAACAUGGGGGAGCAGGUGGAUUUUGAUGAGUUUGGGGACCUGGUAGGAAAUUACUCAAUAAUCAAUUGGCAUCUCUCUCCGGAGGAUGGCUCAGUCGUCUUUGAAGAGGUUGGGCAUUACAACGUUUAUGCCAAGAAAGGGGAGAGGCUUUUUAUCAAUGAAAACAAGAUCCUAUGGGGUGGAUUCUCUAAGGAGCCCUGCGCACUCCUCCUAAUAUGGCUCCGUGUGCCUUUCUCCAACUGCAGCAGGGACUGCCUGCCAGGCACGAGGAAGGGCAUCAUUGAGGGGGAGCCCACCUGCUGCUUCGAGUGCGUGGACUGCCCGGACGGGGAGUACAGUGACGAGACAGAUGCAAGUGCCUGUGACAAGUGCCCUGAGGAUUACUGGUCCAACGAGAACCACACAUCCUGCAUCCCCAAGCAGAUAGAGUUUCUGGCCUGGACUGAGCCCUUUGGGAUUGCUCUGACUCUCUUUGCUGUGCUUGGAAUUUUCCUGACUUCUUUUGUUCUGGGAGUCUUCACCAAAUUUCGCAACACACCCAUUGUCAAGGCCACAAAUCGGGAGCUAUCCUACCUCCUCCUCUUUUCCUUGCUAUGCUGCUUCUCCAGCUCAUUGUUCUUCAUUGGUGAGCCCCAGAAUUGGACUUGCCGUCUGCGGCAGCCAGCUUUUGGCAUCAGCUUUGUCCUCUGCAUCUCCUGCAUCCUGGUGAAAACCAACCGUGUCCUUCUUGUCUUCGAGGCAAAGAUCCCCACGAGUCUCCACCGAAAGUGGUGGGGCCUCAACCUUCAGUUCCUCCUGGUCUUCUUGUGCACGUUUGUGCAGAUUGUCAUCUGUGUGAUUUGGCUCUAUACGGCCCCACCAUCCAGUUACCGAAACCAUGAACUAGAGGAUGAGAUCAUCUUCAUCACCUGCCAUGAAGGCUCCCUGAUGGCCCUUGGCUUCCUCAUUGGCUACACCUGCCUACUGGCGGCCAUCUGUUUCUUCUUCGCCUUCAAGUCCCGAAAGCUGCCUGAGAAUUUUAAUGAGGCCAAGUUCAUCACCUUCAGCAUGCUGAUAUUCUUCAUUGUGUGGAUCUCCUUCAUCCCUGCUUACGCCAGCACGUAUGGCAAGUUUGUGUCUGCUGUGGAGGUGAUUGCAAUACUGGCUGCCAGCUUUGGGCUUCUGGCCUGCAUCUUCUUCAACAAAGUCUACAUCAUCCUCUUCAAGCCCUCCCGCAACACAAUCGAGGAGGUGCGCUGCAGCACAGCUGCCCACGCUUUCAAAGUGGCUGCCAGAGCCACGCUGAGACGGAGCAACGUGUCCCGCAAGCGCUCCAACAGCCUGGGGGGCUCCACUGGCUCCACUCCUUCCUCCUCCAUCAGCAGCAAGAGCAACCACGAGGACCCUUUCCCUCUACCAGCCUGUGCCGAGCGGCAGCGCCAGCAGCAGCGCGGGUGCAAGCAGAAAGUCAGCUUUGGGAGUGGAACAGUGACCCUGUCGCUGAGCUUCGAGGAGCCGCAGAAGAACGCCAUGGCCAACAGGAACGCCAAGCGCCGCAACUCGCUGGAGGCCCAGAACAGUGACGACAGCCUGAUGCGGCACCGGGCCCUGCUUCCCCUGCAGAUCAAUGAGCCCCUCGGGGCUGAGCCCGGCUUCCAGGCAGCUUCCAGCCCGGAGACCAGCUCACAGGAGUCAGUGGUGGAAGACAACAAAGAAGAGGGACCAAGCCCUGAGGCGGAGCCUUCCCUGCCAUCGGUUAACUCCCGAAAUUUUAUAGGCACUGGAGGUGGCUCUGUCACAGAGAACACGGUACAUUCCUAACAAAGAAGAUUGCAAAAAGUACACCAGUCCCCAAGAGGAACUUGCUCACCUCUUGCUUCUGAACGGGAAAGGCAACAAAGACACACUGCUGUGACACAGCCCCACCACACCUUAAUGCUAGCGCCGGCAGGGUAGCACAUGUGCCUCCAGAGGAAGGACUUUGUCUGGGGAGCCUGGGAUUGAAUUUGCAUUUGCUUUAUUGAAACCAGGACAUCUCAGAUGGACAAGUGAAGAUCGCCUCUGGUGGGGCUUAGGCAGAAGUCUGCAUGCUGCCUUGCCUCCAUAAGCUUUUCCUGCCAGACUGCAAUUCAGCUGACUAUGGGAGGCACUAGGCAAUUCCACUAUACCCUGCUUUUACAUUUAUGUAUAAUAUUCCUCUUUCCCACUAUGUAUGAUAUUCCCUCUUUAUGCAGUAUAUGUGAUCUGUAACCAUGUACAUCAGGACUCUCAGCUCUACAA